CGUCCGUCUUGGAACAAAAACGAGCUACACAAACCGACAAGGCACGGUGAGGACAAGCCACGAGCUCGUCCGGCCGGGUCAACGUCCACGCCCUCCCUCCAACCCAGAGUAUUGAAACAUCAUCUCCCUGUCACUGACGCAGGCUGCAGCAUGAGCUGACCCGAGAACAAUGUUUGGAUGAUGAUCCAAGAAACCUCCACGCACGACGGAGCACAACAGCCCAGAUCCAGCAGAAUCCAGUCCAGCGCCGUCGUCGAUCCAUCAGAGUGAAGUCAACGCAGCAGCAAAUUAGCUAGUUUCAGACGCGGCAGAAAUCAGUUUGAGACAUGGCCGAGCACGCGGUUGCCGCCGUGCUGCAGAGGGCAGGCGCCACGGUGAUCCAAGAAGUCGCUUCUCUGGGCCAGGUUCCUGCCAAGGUGGAGGCCCUCAAGUCCGAGCUCAAGCGCAUGCAGUGCUUCCUCAGGGAUGCCGACGCGAGGAUGGAGAGGGGCGAGAAUGAGAUGCUCAGCCAACUGGUGUCGGAGGUCAGGGACGUCGCCUACAGCGUCGAGAUCAUCAUUGACACGGCCAACAUCUUGGCCAGGGACAACAGCAGACCGCCGUCCCUCCUCGGCGCCAUAUCCAAGGGCGCCUGUUACCCCGUCCACUGCAAGCGCCUGUACAGCAUUGGGAAAAGAAUCGAUCAGGUCACCGCAAGAGUUGGUGCGAUCUUUGGAGAAUUCACAAAGUACAGCAUUGCCAGCACUAGCCUGAAUGAGACAAGAUACAGUAUGGAUGACACCGAGAGUCUGCGCGCAAGAAGACUGACGCACCCGGGUUUCGGGGAUGAGGUCGAUGUCAUUGGCUUUGACAGUGAAAUCAACCAGGUCAAGGAUGAACUGCUUGACUCGGAGAUCAAGGACCUCACCGUCAUCUCCCUUGUUGGUCCAGGAGGAGCAGGGAAAUCAACCAUUGCCAGGAAGGUCUAUAAUCUUGUCGCGAAAAAGCAUUUCAACUCCUGCGUAUGGAUAUGCAUCUCACAGCAAUUUACAGUCUAUGGUGCACUGAAGGAUAUAGUUAAAGGGGCCAUGGGGAGUCAAGACUUCGAAGAAUUAGGAACAAUGAGCGAGAUGGAAAUUAUAAAGAAGAUCCACAGUUUUCUCAAGGAUAAAAGGUACCUGGUAGUCUUAGAUGAUGUCUGGAGAAUCGAAGACUGGGAUAUGGUCCAAGCCGCCUUUCUUGAUGUGAAAAAUGGAAGCAGAAUUGUUUUGACAACUCGCAACUCGGCAGUUUCCAAUCAUCCCAACGCAAGAAAAAUAAUCCAGGAGGUAAAGCUCCUUAGCAAUGACGAAAGUAUAGAGUUAUUCAACAGAAAGGCAUUCCCUUCGUAUGUCGUCCAUGGCAGAGAUGAUCUGGAUAGCUUCAGAGAACUUGGCAAGAUACUUGCAUUAAAAUGCAAUGGCUUGCCUCUUGCAAUUGUAGUCAUGGGAGGUUACCUUUCAAAGAAUCUCAGGAUCACCGAGUGGAGAAGAAUGGUUGCCAGUGUAAACUGGGACGCAAUGAAGAAUGAAGGUGACAUCAGAGCCAUACUGGACCUAAGUUACUAUGAUCUGUCAAGUAAUCUGAAGGCGUGCUUUUUGUACAUCACAUCGUUCCCAGAAGACUACGCAGUCCCGGUUGGCCUUCUUACAAAGUUGUGGAUUUCAGAGGGUUUCAUACCAAAUAUGCGUGGAUGCUCCCUUGAAGAAACUGCGCUUGGGUAUGUGGAAGAACUGGCCCAGCGCUGCUUAAUCCUAAUUGAAAAGAGGAGCUCCAGGUGCAUCAAAACCGUUAAGGUGCAUGACGUGUUGCGCGACUGGGGAAUCGGGCGAGCUCGAAGAGAAGGCUUCUUGAAAGACUGCAGUUCCAGAAAUGAAGUGGAGACAUCAUAUUCCAAUGAAAUGAGAGCUUACAGGGUGGUUCUCUACGACUCUGUUUGUGUGAAGGUCGGUGUCGCUAUGCCAAAUCUGCACACCUUGCUGAUCUUCAAUGCAGCUCGGCUAGAAAGGAACGUCUUCUCUUUCCGAGGCUUGAAUUACCUGCGGGUGCUCUACUUUGAUGGCAUGAGAGGGAGAUGGCAGCUACCCACAGAGAUCGGCUCAAUGGUACAUCUGAGGUACCUUGGCUUGAAAGGUGCCACAUAUGUACUUCCUGCUACCGUCAGUAAUCUCACAAACUUGCAUACUUUUGAUGCAAGAGAUGCCAUAGUGGAAGCACUCCCUAUGGAUCUCUUGAGCAUUUCGACACUGAAGCAUGUCCAUAUCUACAAGGUUGAGUCAUGGUCCGUGUGGAAGACCACCAUGCAGAGCAACCUGGAGUCUCUCUUCAUAGUCCUGGCAGCCAACACCCCGAAGCAAUGGGAAGGAGCAAUUGACAGAAUGGAUGAAAGCCCCUCCUGGUGCUUUGGGAAGCACUACCGGAGCGUCAAACAGCUGGAAAUUGUCGGGGCGUGCGAGGACGAGUUCGGAGUGCCCAACGACCUACAUCUUCCUGAUCUGCAUCUCCUCCCGCACAACCUGAGACGGCUGAAAAUUAGCUGUCCUAAUCUGCUGAAUGAUAAAGACCCCAUGCCGACACUUGGGAGCCGGCUGACGUUCCUGAAUGUGUUGGAAAUAGGGGUCAAGUCAUAUACUGGCGCGAUCAUGACCUGCCCUUCUGGUGGGUUUCCAGACCUGCACAAUUUGGUGCUCCACGAUCUGGAUAUUGAGGAGUGGAUACUGGAGGAUGGCGCCAUGCCGAAGCUCAGGAUACUAACUCUCUGCAAGUGCACCAAGCUGAAGGCGCUUCCACAAGGAUUGCAGCACCUAAAGGAACUUAAGAAGCUGAAAGUGAUAGCGAUGCCCGAGUUGGAUCAAGUAUUAUGCUACCUGCUACACAAGGCAGGACGCGAGGUCAUCAUCAGGUCAAGUGAGGAGGACUUUGAGCAUGUACAGAUCCCCAAGUAUGACAUUUAAGGAGUGGACAAUGGGGAGCGGAAGCAAUUUAAAUUCACUGACAUCAUACAUGCUGGGUGGAAUGGAUAUCUUUGAAAGGUGCACAGGUUUCUCAUGCGAGCUACUGACCUGAUACCGACAAACUGUCAAUUGUGCGUGUUUAUGUCGCUACUAUUUGGUAUGCACUUGUAUAUGUGUAAACACAGUAUUUUAUAACGAGACUAAAUGUGUAUACUGUGCA